AUGCAUACUCCUAGUUCUGCAUCAGGUGAAGCUCUUAAUGAUGAUGCUCAUUACAUCAAUAGCUAUAACAAGAAAUUGAAAGUUGCAAAAAAUAAAGCCGUAGCAUUAUCAAGAAAUAACGAUGAUUUAACUACACCAAUAUCGGCACAAUCAUCACAAGUAUGGAAAUAUGCCAUACGUUGUCAAAAUUCUAAUUUUUCAAUUUGUUGUUUAUGUCCAAAUGAUAAUAAAAUUUCAAUAAACAAUGGGUGGACAUCGACUUUACGUAGACCUUUGAUUACAAAACAUCAACUACAUGAAUUAACAUUACUAAGUUAUGAGCCUCCAAGUCGAUUCUCAGUAACUCGUCAUUUAAAACAUCUUUAUAAAUUUCAUGUUAAGAAACUAGUUGAUGAUUUAGCAUUAAUUGAUGAUAUUUCAAUAACUCUGGAUUUAUGGAGAAAUAAACAGAUGCGAUCAUUCUUAGUAAUUACUGAUAAUUUGAAUAACAGGCUGAAUGAUUCAGAACAGAAGGUAACAAAUAUUGAACAAAUAGACAAUAAUGAUGAUAUUAUUGAACCCGGUGAACAUGAUGAAAUCAUUAUAAAUAUUGCUGGUGAUGAAUCAUCGGAAAUAUUUGAUUCGAACGACGAAGAACAAUUAUUAUUUGAUAACAGUGAUGAAGAAUGCGUGGAUAAUUGGACAACAGAUGUUAUUCAAUCAGAUUAUGAUACUGUUCGUAAACAAAAUAUGAUUUUAUUUGUAUUGAAAAAAUGUCGUGGUUUAACGUCAAUGAUUAAACGAUCAACAAUUAUUACAUUAUAUUUUGAUGCUGAACGAAAAAAAUAUUAA